UAUGGUGACAUUUCUGUAAUUAAAAGUUAUAAAAGAAAUAUUUUCUUAAAUUUAACAACCCCUUGUAUUCGUUGCUAACCAUUCCCCAGCUUUUCUAUGCUUUGCUACAUUAAAUUUUUCAGUUAUUGAGGAUAUCACAUUUCACAAUUUUGUGCAAAGAUUAUUUAAUGCAUGCUAGAUAGGAUAUACUCGUUAGGUAGUUUAUUGGGAAGCUUCUGAAAGGUUUCAUUUGACAAUAUGAUUAGACAAGUUUCAGAGCCUUUGGCAUUUGCUUUUCUUGGCUGUUGAUGUUCUUAAAAUUGAAGCCUAUAGUAAUGGUGUUAUACAGAUUUUCAGGUGAUACUGCAGAGCUUGGUAUCAUCAGAGCAGGAUCAUUUAUGAAAACUAAAAUUGUUUUAAACUCACGAGUUCAUUUGGUUCCCUAUCACAUUGAUGAAGGUCAGCCUUCUUAUCUAAUAAUUGCUGGUUUAGUGUUCACACCCCUCUCAGAGCCAUUGAUUGAGGAAGAAUGUGAAGACUCUAUAGGGCUAAAAUUAUUGGCAAGGGCGCGUUAUUCAUUAGCAAGGUUUAAAGGGGAGCAAAUUGUAAUUCUUUCGCAGGUCUUGGCAAAUGAAGUCAACAUAGGUUAUGAAGACAUGGGCAAUCAGCAGGUUGUAAAAUUCAAUGGAACUCGAAUUAAAAACAUUCAUCACCUUGCGCAUCUCGUUGAUUCAUGCGAGGACAGGUAUCUGCGUUUUGAAUUUGAAGAUAGCUAUGUAGCUGUUUUAGACAGAGAAGCUGUUGCUGGUGCUUCAUCCUCCAUACUGAGUGAUUAUGGAAUCCCAUCUGGAAGAUCUUCUGAUCUUUCUAAACCUUUUGUGGAUACACUAGAAGGUGAUCAAUCAGCGAACCAGGAAUUUGGUGAUAGCCCAGUUUCAAAUUUUGAAAUUGGCUCUGAUGGACUACUCUGGGCGUAAGAAACUUGCAUCUGAAGAUAUCACUGAAAUUUCACGUGGCGGUGUUAUUCGAAGCAAGCAAUCUCAAUUUUGGCUGCAGAAUGAGCUGCAUAAGUAUGAAGCAACCUUAAUGUGAAGACAUGAAUGCUUUUAUGCUACACUGGGGGCAUAUCAGCAGCGACCUAUUAGGGUAGGACUGUAAGAAAGAGAGCUCAUAGUUAUUUCUUUCUCUUUGUUGUUUUAUUAUUGUGUCACUCUUCUUGAUUUGAUGAUCCUGAAUGAUCACUUUGGGUUUGAAGUCUAAAAUUUUUCACACAUUCUAUAUUUUUAAGGAAAUAGUGCACAUAGGAGUGACUCGAAUAUCUCUUUGAUGUAAUCAAUGUAACAUUUUUCAAUACAUUGAUUUUACAUUUGUUCUGAUUGAAGUUAAAAUUAUAUCAAUGUCUCAUUUAUGAAAUUAUCAGUGC